GCAGCUUCCCGGUGGUGUACUUUUCGUUUAGCAGGGAGGAGUCAGCCUUUAGUUUCUUAAUUGUACUGACAUGUUUAUGGAAUUAUCAACAAUUCUACAACAUGUGUGGUCCGCUUUGUUCAUAAUGUAGUUGGAGCAUGUUGUCGGCGUGAAGCUAUCGAGCAGAAAUCGGUAAAAUAUCGAUAAAAGAGCGAAGGAAACAGGAAGGCGGAACAAGAUCCCCGAAGCCCAGACGAAGCUAAAACAAACACCAACCGACGGUCCAUAACAAAAACCUUGCUGACUGUUUAUACAACCUUCCGACUGCUUCUGUCUUGACGGUAAAUAAUUCACCAGAAGCGUUCAAACAAAUCGCCCACCGCCACCACAUGCGACCAUGUCCAUGGCCCUGAAACAAGUCUUCAACAAAGACAAGACGUUCCGGCCCAAGCGCAAGUUUGAGCCAGGGACGCAACGCUUUGAGCUGCACAAAAAGGCUCAGGCAUCCCUCAACGCCGGUCUGGACCUGAAGCAGGCCGUGCAGCUGCCCCAUGGCGAGGACCUGAACGACUGGGUGGCUGUCCACGUGGUCGACUUCUUCAACCGCAUAAACCUCAUCUAUGGCACCAUCAGUGACUCAUGCACCGAUCAGACCUGUCCCGUCAUGUCCGGCGGGCCCAAGUACGAAUACCGCUGGCAAGACGAGCACAAGUACAAGAGGCCCACCGCCCUGUCGGCCCCCAAAUACAUGAGCCUGCUCAUGGACUGGAUCGAGGUACAAAUCAACAAUGAGAACAUCUUCCCCACUAAUGUUGGUACUCCCUUCCCUAAGACCUUCAUGCAAGUGGCUAAGAAGAUUUUGUCUCGUCUGUUCCGGGUGUUUGUCCACGUCUACAUCCACCACUUUGACCGCGUGAGCCAGAUGGGGGCUGAGGCUCACGUUAACACCUGCUACAAGCACUUCUAUUACUUUGUCACUGAGUUCAACCUCACGGACCACAAAGAGCUGGAGCCUCUGAAAGAGAUGACCUCCCGGAUGUGCCACUGAGCAAGCGACCCACCGGGCCAAAAUGCAUCCGUCCAUCUCCAAGGCUGCAUCGGAGAAAAAGAAGAGCAAACAGAUUCAGAGUCUAUUUUUAUAUUUAAGUACUGUAAUCUAUUUUAGCCACAUACUGUAGGUUUUAACCCUGUCAUGUGCGGCAUUCUGUUCCUUUUAAAGAAAAGUUUUCAGACAUUUUAUUGGAGCACAGUAUUAAGAGGUAUAUGUUUGUGAUGAUGCUUUUUUUCUAUUUGAAUCUCAAUCAUUCCAGGAUGUUAUAAUGCUUAUUGUUUUCUUUAAAAUGAUCUAAAAUAGUUCAAUUUCUCACUGUACACCUAUGAAAUCAAUAUAUUGUUACAUUAAAGUAAUUUCUAUGCUGUCAUAUAUUGCAUUUGGCUGUAUAAAUUUACAGGGAUAGGCUGCAGCUUGAAUAGUUUUGAUUAGUUCUCACAGGUACUUUUAGCUGUAUUACAUUUUCUUCAAUCUGAGCAAUGAUUUUGUGUUACAAGUCAAAGAUAAUUUUUUCAUUUUGAAGUGCUAACAAAAUGGUACAGUAAAUCAUUAAAAAUAAACAUUA